AGCCCUGCAUGCUACAUUGCUGAGUAAGAUAUUCGAAAACAAUGGCUCCAUAGAUCAUUUAAAUAUCAUGGUGGGUAUAAAAGUGUUACACAGUUUGGCUGAUCAAAGUACCCGUGCAAUCAGGGAUUGAACUGAACACCAAAAUGGGCAAAAUCAUUUUCUACGAGGACAAGAACUUCCAGGGUCGCUCCUAUGAGACCAGCGCCGACUGCGCUGAGCUGACCUCCUACCUGAGCAGGUGCAACUCCUGCAGGGUGGAGAGCGGCUGCUUCAUGGUCUACGAACGUCCAAACUACAUGGGCCACCAGAUGCUGGCGAGGAGGGGAGAGUACCCCGACAACCAGCGCCUGAUGGGAAUGACCAUGAGUGACUGUAUCCGUUCCAGCCGCUUGAUCCCCACGCACAGAGGUACAUUCAAGAUGAAGAUCUACGAGAGGGAGAACUUCAGAGGUCAGAUGAAUGAGCUGAUGGACGACUGCGACUCCAUCCAGGAGCGUUACCGCAUGUCCAACUGCCAGUCCGUUCACGUGAUGGACGGCCACUGGCUGAUGUACGAGCAGCCCAACUACAGAGGCAGGAUGCUCUACCUGAGGCCCGGAGAGUACAGGAGCAUGAGAGACAUGGGAAUGGGUCCCAUGGACAUGAAGAUCGGAUCCAUCCGACGCAUCAUGGACUCCUGUUAAAGAACAGAACAGGCUCCAGACUUGAAAAUGUAAUCAACGAAUAUUAAUAAAGAAUUUAUCAAUUCAUAAUUGAGUUUCAAAGCACCAUCCAGUGAGACGGGAGGAAAUUUUGGGCACAAAAUUAGACAAAAAAAAUUGCAUGAAUUAUCAGCAUCCAGCUGUUCCGGUACGUCAAAGGACAGUUUGGGCUGUAGUGAAUGCUGCUAUUUUACUGUAUCCCACAGUCACUUCAAGACUUCUUCUUCUUCUACCUAUGAAAUGUGUUAUAUCAUUUAUGAUGCACGUGACAUUAAAAAUGAAUUUCAAAGGAUGAAAAUGGAA